AUGGCGCAGUUAAGCUUGCUCGGUAAGAAAACUGUUUGUCUGGUGUCAGGGGCCAGUCGUGGCAUCGGCCGGGCGAUGGCGCUGGCGCUAGCGCAGAAAUUCGCCUGUGGAUCGACCAUGAUUUUGAUGGCCCGAAACUUGCACAUGCUCAACGCUGUGAAGCUGGAGCUGGCUAGGAUCGCGCCGAAUAUCUCCGUAUUCCUGUGCAGCACCGAUCUGUCGGUGAUCGACAAGAAAGUGUUUGAAAAGAUGUUCGCUGAAGUCAAGCAGCAGCUGUGCUCAAUGACAACCAAGAUCGAUGUGGCGAUGAUCGUGCACAACGCGGCGACCAUUGGGCCGAUCCACAAGCAUUGCUCACAGCUGGACAGCGCGACCGACCUGCGGGAAUAUUUUGACAUGAACGUUAUUUCGCCCAUCCUCCUCAACACGACGUUCUUAGAAAACUUCGGUCCCGACUUCGUCUCCCAGCGAGUCGUCAUCAACAUCAGCUCUGGCGCCGCCUACUCAGCGAUCAGUGGUCUUCAUCUCUACUCCGCUGGUAAAGCAGCAAGAGACAGCUUCUUCCGCGUUCUGUCGGAUGAGGAGCCGGAAAUUCGCGUGCUGAAUUUCAAUCCCGGUCCAGUCGUUACUGACAUGCAGCUAGAGCUCGGAUCCAAAGUCUGGAAUGAAGCAGUCAUGAAAUGGAGCAAAGAUGGUUCUGAGGCAGGCACGUUUGCAACACCUUGUGCUGUCGCCGAGAAGCUGGUUCAUGUCUUGGACGAGAAUUCUUUCAAAUCAGGCUGUUUCAUGACCAUGGAUGAAACAACUUUGAAGUUCAGUUUCGAAUAG